GAAGAAGGUUAUGUUUGAACUUGGUCUUUUGAUAUAUAACGUUAUAUGCAGUACUUCUAUAUAAAAAUUUAUUAGUGUGUUCUUAAUUAUGGGUGGCAAGCAUAAAAUUGCCAAUCGAACAAAAAAUAACGCACGGCCUUCCAGUAGUGGACGUAGUGCAGAACUUCUAAAUUCGAAUUUGCCUCAAUUUGGGGUAUUUUCUGGUAUCAAAGAUGCAGCUAAUUUUUCUAGUUUUACCCAUAUUGUAAAUUCGGAAGACCUGGAUUUGUCUUUGGACAGCAGUUUUCAACUAGUGUUUAAGAAGAUCUCUAAGAAGGAUUCUACUACAAAAUCCAAGGGACUGCAAGAAUUUUCAGAAUUAAUUCAAAAAGCAGAACCAGAUGCUGUGAAAACAAUUUUACCCACUUGGGCUAGAUUUUAUAAUAUCCUUUCCACGGAUUCCGAUAAUCGAGUUAGGGAAGAAGCACACAAUGUCCUCCAUCAAAUAGUACUUAAAGUAAAACGUAACAUUGCACCAUUCUUGAAGCAGCUGAUGGCCCCUUGGUUUACAUCGCAGUAUGAUACUUACCCACCAGCAGCAAGUGCAGCUUCUUUGGCAUUUCAGGAUGCUUUCCCUCCUAAUAAAGUCCAAGAUGCUGUUGUGUUUUGCCAACAAGAGAUUUUAACAUAUAUGCAUGAUAAUUUAUUAGUUCAAAAUGCUGAAACACUUUCAGGUAGAAAUGCUUCUGCAGAAGAAGCUAAUGCUAAACACCUCAGGGUAGUAAUAUCCUGCUUGCAAGGAUAUUGUUUAUAUAUUGAAAAAGUUUCUCCUGAACAUAUAAAAAAUGUUCUAGAUAUUAAUUUGAAAAUUUUAUCAAACAACAAAUUUUGGAAAUUAUCCAAAUUUGAUGCUUCAGCUGUCAGAUCAGCUUGGUUUAAACUUAUAGCCACAAUUUGUCAAAAGGCCUUGUUUCUGCUGCAAGGAAAAGAAGGUCAACUACUAACAAUUGUACUUAACAACUUGGAAGAAGGUGAACCUACAGUUCUACCAAAUGUUUGGGAAUGUUUUCUUUUGACAAUAUCAGUAAUACCAGAAUGGUGGUUGUAUGUUAAAGUUGAGAAACUAUUCUUACCAAAAUUAAUGAAACUGCUAAAAAGUGCAGGUCAUGGCAAUGCCGCUGUCAUCUACCCGAAUUUGCUGCCAGUUCUGUCUUACUUGCCAUCUUCAGUUCUGAAAGACCCUUUCCACUUUUACGAUACUUUCUUUGGGAAUUUUGCAGUGGGCCUUAAAUUAAAAAAUGUAUUGAGCAGUAAAUCCGAGGCAUCUGCUGUAGCAACUGCUUUUACCGAAUGCCUUUGGUAUGUUGUAGUCAAAAACUCGUCAUCCAUUGAUUUAUGCAAGCUUUUGAUAAAAAAACACCUGUUGGCCCUAGUUGAAUGGUGUCUCACUGAUGAUAGUUCUUGCCAUAAACCAGUUUUUAAGCAGGUUGCAUCUUUCAUUCAGUACCUUAGUACAAAUGCUGCAUUGCAAGAUUUGGUGACAUAUUUUUUCAAUAAUUUUCAGGAAAUAAUGACACAAAGUUUGCACAAAAAUAUAGAAGACACAGCUUCUAUUGCGAAAGUAGCUGAGAAACAGCUUGAAUUCAUACACUUUUUGAAGUUCAAUCGCAAAAUUGCAAGACCUAACAAGGUGAAAUUUGCACUCACAGAUAGCCAAAACUUCUCUUUCGAGCAACACAAGGAGAUGGUUGUUGAUGAUAGCAAAAUAUAUUUAGAUGGCCUUAAUAGAGUUGCAAUCAAUUUGUGUAAAGAAUAUGUCAAGCUUAUCCAAGAAAACACGGUUCAAGAAAUCAUAGAGCAGCUACAUUCUCUUCUGGCUGAAUUUAACAUAAAAGAUUUCUUGGAAAAAUUGUCUCAAAAUACGAUAGAUGGUAAUGAAGUGGUUCCAUUGAUUAACUUAUAUAAUAAUGUUUUCAAAAAUUGGCUAUAUAAUGAUAGGCUGUGUUGCAAGAGCGUUAUACGAUUAAUAUUCUUAUUGAUUACUUAUCUCCAAGAUGAAGACAAAGAAGUCAUAUUAAAUGAUUUGGUCCAUAUUAAAAUCCCAUCUUGUCUGCAGUGGUCUGUCACUGAGGCAUUUGGACAUCCAUAUGUGGAAGAUGCAUUGAUUAUAAAGUGGUUACACACAAAAGACAUUGGCAAUUUCUUUUUGUCCAUUGCAGAAAAAAUAAUUGACAGCGAGUGUUCACCGGAACUCAAUGCUCUUUUUAAAUUGGCUUUAACUGAAAAUAAAAAUGGGGAGAUCCUUAUCAAUGAAGUUGCUAUUUCUGAUAUAAUUAAGAAAUUAUCAAGGGCAUUAAAAAAUAAGGUCCAGAACUUAACUUCCUUAGAUACUUGUUUGAGUUUGGCAUGUUAUCUGACAGCUGUCAUCUACACCAAUAAAUUGCCCUUAAAAUAUGGAGAUGAACUGCUUUUAUGCUUGUUUGAACAUUCUUGCAAACAUCCAAAUGAAAAUGAUUAUGUGUCAUCAGAUACAUUAUGGGAAGUUAAUUCAGCAUGGAAAGAUACAGUGACAUCUCUGUUCAAUGUUUUAAAUAGUGAUGAAGUGAAUGAAUUAACUUUAAAAUUUUCUAGCAUUGUAGAAUGUGAAUUCUCGGUGCAAAUUCAUAAUGAGUCUCAAAUUGAGCAUUUAGCUAGUAUGGUUACUGGAUUUUUGAGAGCAGCAUAUAAAAGUGUUCCACUAAGACUAUCAAAUUUGAUGAAUUUGUUCUUUAACAAGAACUUCGCUUCUCUAGAAUUGGUUACGGAAUUAUGUAAAAUUGGGGAGUAUGUUUCUGGGACCUACAGUACCAGCAAAUCACUUUUGACACCUGAUUAUACUGAGCUUAAAACACUGCAGUAUUUUGUUUGGAGGUACAUAAAGUUAAGUACUCUUAGUAGCAGUAUUGAAGAUAAUGAUGAAAAUGACUAUUCUGAUAAUGAGGAUGAGACUCCCCAAAAAUUCAUUAGUCAAGUUAUAGUUCUCAAUGCCACAGAUAAUAUCGCAGAAGAAUUUAUUAAAGGAUUAUAUGACUGUAAAUUGGUGGAGUCAUUCCUUAGAAAUUAUAAAAAUGCAAAAUAUUACUUUGAACUUCAAGAAUGGCAUCUACUUUUUGAAGUCAAACUCCAGGACAUAUGGAAAUUGUUGUGUACUCAAUCUAUCAAGAACAUUACAAAAGUUUCUGAAGAACAUUGCCAAAAGUUGGGUUGGUUUUGGUGUCAAGUAUUAUACUCAAUAUACACAACAUAUACUAAUGAUACUAAUCUAAUAGAAAUAUAUAACCAACUGGUUACAAAUAGAAAAGAAGAAAAUGAUUCUGUUGCAAUACAUAUUGCCCAGACUUUUGCAAGUGAUUUGAAUUGCAAUAAUUUGCCUGAUAGCCUCAAGCAAAAUAUUGUAGUAAUACGAAAUUUCAUUAAUUCUGAGGAGAUCAACAGUAUGAUACCCUAUCUGUUUAUUGAAAUGAAACAAUUUCAAAAUGAAAAAUUUGCCCAGCUAAUGCAAGAAAUAUUAGUUUCCAACGGAAAUUUGGAGUACCUUAUCAGUGUAAUUAAAAUAAGUUCUAAUUUAAUGAAAUAUAAAAGUGAAUUGCUUAGUAGAACAUAUUGGGACUUUAUUGUGGUAUCUUUAGUUUCAUGGACUUCUUACUGCCUGAGAAUGAGGUCAGAAUUCAAGAAUUAUGGGUAUCAAACUUUGUUGGUGGCGGUUGCAGAUUUGUAUGUCAACACUAGGAACCAAGUUUUACAAUUCCAAGAUAAAGGGCAGAAUGAUUAUGUAGAUGAGUGGAAAGACAUUUUAGAGGAGAAUAUUCACAACGAUAUAGCGCAAAUAUGGCUUUACAUUGCAGAUUGCAGUGCAAACCAGGAAAAUAAAAUGAUCUGCUUACCACUUUUGCAAAACUUUGGUGUUAUAACUGAAUGUAUAAAUUAUCAAUAUAUAUUCAAAGUUAAUGACAAUUUUCCAAAAUGGACAAAAUUUUUGAAAAAGGCAUGUGGUUUACUGACUGACUCAUCGCCUGUUCUGCAAUUCUGGGGUUACAAAAUGCUGGUAGCUCUAGUGCCGGGACUAAUUAAGGUUGAUUCCGAAUCAGUUAAUUCCAACAAACCACACAAAAAGGGCCUUAUAUUCAAUCAAUUCAAGGAAAUGUUAACAGAACUUCAAGAAGUUGUUAAUAAUAUGUUCACUGAUUUCCGAUUGGGUGAAGAUGUUUGUACCGUAAAAUUAUCAACAGAUGCGUUUACAUAUACACUCGCUUACUUACUUGUAUGGGAUAUUUUGUUAAUACUUUACAAGGGCGCGUCAUCUGAACUAAGAUAUCAAUAUGCUGACUGGCUAAAGAAUGAAGAUUUGCUAAAGAACUUCCUUUCGAAUUUGUUGAGACUGAUGCCUGCUGGAGUUUUGCAUUGCACAGAGACCAAAUUAAAAGCUUCCCUGGAUUAUUUUCGUAAUAACCCUCUAGACCGCUGUUGCUAUAGAAAUGCAUUUCACAGUGAACUAAUAGAACAAUUCGUUUGCUAUCUGUACAAAGGGUCAUUAACACAUUUACCCGCCUUAGUAAGACAAUGGUGGACUGAUUUGGAACCCCGAUUAACCCAGGUAGUGGAUAAAAUUACGUCAGUUUAUGUAUCACCAUCUUUGUGUACUGAUGAGCUGAAUGAUGUCUUACACCAUCAAAAUCUCUAUAAAAAUAUGGCGAUCAAGGUGAUGCCUAGUAUAAGGGAAAUAUUAGCAGUGUAUACAGUUGAUGAGGCUAAAAUGGAGCUUACAAUAACACUGCCUGCGAAUUAUCCGUUAGGAAGCCCAAAUGUUGAGUGCAAUAAACAAAUCCUGGGCACCACUCACAAACAGUGGCUGCUUCAAUUUAAGAAGUGCGUUUUGCAUCAGAAUGGGCGAGUUGCAGAUGGACUGUCGCUGUGGAAUAAUAAUCUAGACAAAAAAUUUGAUGGGGUAGAAGAAUGUUAUAUUUGCUUUGGUGUGUUGCAUGCAGGCACUUAUCAGUUACCUCGUUUGUCAUGCCAGACUUGCAAAAAGAAGUUUCAUUCAGCCUGUCUAUACAAAUGGUUCAGCACAAGUAACAAGAGCAGUUGUCCAGUGUGCAGAAAUUUAUUUAUGGCACACCACAAAAAAGCAAACAAGCACACCGAAGAUGUUUUCAAUGAUAACGCUGAAUUUAACCAAAAAUUGGAAAAUUUAAGGGAACAGGUGGAAUCAUCACAAAUUGGUGAUGAAAAAGAAAAAAAAAUUACUCAUAGAGAAAAGAAAAAGUUAAAAAAGCAGCAAGAAUAUGAAAAACAGAUGGAAACUCUUUUGAAAAAGGGAGGGCAAGGUCAUUCUGAGUUGGACAGUAAUUUCACCGUUUCUCAAGCACAGAAAUCGGCAGGACAGCUAGUCGCCUUAGAAAAUGCUGUUGAUAUCAAAAUAGAAAAUUUCAGUAUUUCAGCAAAGGGAAAUGAGCUGUUUGUAAAUGCUAAUUUACUCAUUGCAAAUGGAAGGCAUUAUGGUUUGGUUGGGCCAAAUGGUCAUGGAAAGACAACUCUGCUACGCCAUAUUGCUCAGAGAGCCUUUAAUAUACCUCCAAACAUAGAUAUAUUAUACUGUGAGCAAGAGGUUGUUGCAGAUGAUAUGAGUGCUGUUCAAACUGUAUUAAAAGCUGAUAUUAAAAGAUCAGUUUUGUUGAAAGAGCAAGCAAAACUAGAGGAAAGUUUCAAUUCUGGAGAUUUAGACGUUCAAGAGCGUUUGAAUGAAGUUUAUGCAGAACUGAAAGCUAUUGGUGCAGAUUCAGCUGAACCUAGAGCCAGAAGAAUAUUAGCUGGUCUUGGAUUCACCAGAGAAAUGCAGGACAGGGCCACGAAGAAUUUUUCUGGUGGUUGGAGAAUGAGGGUGUCUCUUGCUAGAGCACUUUAUAUGGAACCAACCCUUUUACUGCUUGAUGAACCAACAAAUCACUUAGAUCUAAAUGCUGUUAUAUGGCUUGACAAUUAUCUGCAAGGCUGGAAGAAAACAUUGCUUAUAGUAUCCCAUGAUCAGUCAUUUUUGGAUAAUGUUUGCAAUGAAAUAAUACAUUUAGAUAACCAAAAGUUGUAUUACUACAAAGGCAACUAUUCAAUGUUUAAAAAAAUGCAUGUCCAAAAGAAAAAGGAGAUACUAAAAGAAUAUGAAAAACAGGAGAAGCGACUGAAGGAAAUGAAGUCUUCAGGUUCGUCUAAAAAGCAAGCUGAAAAGAAACAAAAGGAAGCUUUAACUAGGAAACAAGAAAAAAACAGAAGUAAACUUCAAAAGCAAGAUGAUUCUCAACCUGUGGAACUUCUCCAGAGACCAAAAGAUUACCUAGUGAAAUUUCGAUUUCCAGAGCCACCACCAUUACAACCUCCAGUUCUUGGGCUUCACAAUGUUGUUUUUGGAUAUCCCGAUCAAAGACCCCUAUUUGUCAAUGUCGAUUUUGGCAUAGACAUGACUAGUAGAGUCGCCAUUGUAGGUCCCAAUGGUGUAGGCAAAUCAACAUUCUUAAAAUUGCUUGUGGGUGAGUUAACCCCUCAACAGGGUGAAACUAGGAUGAAUCAUAGAUUGAGGAUUGGUAGAUUUGACCAACAUUCUGGUGAACAUUUGACUGCAGAGGAGACACCGGCGGAAUAUUUGAUGAGAUUAUUUGAUUUGCCAUAUGAGAAAGCUAGGAAACAAUUGGGUACUUUUGGUUUAGCCGGUCAUGCACACACUAUUAGGAUGAAAGACUUGUCUGGAGGUCAGAAGGCUCGGGUAGCACUGGCUGAGUUAUGUUUAAAUGCUCCAGAUGUAUUGAUUUUGGAUGAACCUACAAAUAAUUUAGAUAUCGAAUCAAUUGAUGCUCUGGCAGAAGCUAUAAACGAGUAUACUGGAGGAGUUAUCAUAGUGUCUCAUGAUGAACGCCUCAUAAGAGAAACUGGCUGUGCCUUAUAUGUAAUUGAAGAUCAGACUAUAAAUGAACUAGAUGGCGAUUUUGAUGAUUAUAGAAAGGAACUUUUGGAGAGCUUGGGGGAAGUAAUUAACAGCCCUAGCAUAGCAGCUAAUGCUGCUGUGAGUCAAUGAACUUAUUUUGGUAUAUUUUAUGCAUACUCUUGCAAAAUAAAAAAAAAGGUAUAAUUAUGAAAGUUUUUUUUAUGUAUGAAAAUACAUGUAUGUUAAUCUAAGUAAAUUUUUAUUGCAUAGUGUAGAGUACUACCAA